AGGACCGCACGACUGUCUGUCUCAAUAAAAAUAAAUGUGAUACCUGAACGAUCUUCAUGGGGAAUACCCCCUUCGUUGCGACAAGAUGUCCCCGACAGCACUGCAAGUCUCCUUCCUCAUUAUUCAAAAUUCCAUCUACUGGUAAUCAGCCAACUAGUAGACCAACCUCGUUCUUUUAACCGACAAUGGUUUCCAUCGCACGUCUACCACUCGCAUUCCUGCUUUUCGUGUUGGUCGCAACCUUGACCCGUAUCGGCGCCGACUCCGACUUCUCUGUGUCGUCCGCCUCGACGGAGAGUGUCGACUCGAGCACGGAGAACGUCAACUUCGUCAAGCAAUGGACACUGACCGCCACAAACUCCCACAACGACGGUGAUAACGACGAUAACGACGACGAUGACUCAGACGACAGUUCGGAUGAUGGGGACAAGAUCGACUCGAUCAAGUUGCAGCUUCCGGGCCGCGUUUUCAUCAGCUACAGCAGCAAUCUGCCGGCUGGUGUGCUGGGCUACGUCAACGUUUCGGGAGACUCGCAGAGCGUGGUUGAUACGGUGAAAGUGAGCUCCAAUGACGACGAUGAAGAGCUUGAAGUCAAGUACGACGGUCGCAGCAACAGCUCCACUGGGUACUUGUUGACGGAGAUCUUCCUGGCUACGAGUAACAUCGUGGACGACGUUGAGAUCGAGUCGACCGCGGAGGUUGUGAUCGAAGACGGUGUACUGUUCGCCAGUAACACGAACAAGGAAGUUCAGAUCAAGGCAAAACACUCGAGCGUCGUGUACGUGUCAAGCUCGCCCAUGAGUCUGCAGGAUCUCAAGCUGGAGCUUUCAGACAGCGCCACGCUCCAGUUGAGUACAGACAGCAUCACACUUCGCGAGGAUGGUCAGUUCCAGGCACACGACAGAUCGAGCAUCAAUGUGCUCACUUCGUCUCUUACGGUGGAUGAUCUGGACUUGGACGCUGAGAAUUCGGGCACGAUCUGUAUUUCAGCUACUGAAGUUAAGGCCAGAAACUAUGACGGCCAGGACCGUAGCAGGAUCUCUCUGCCCAAUGCCUCGUCCAAGUACACAUCCACGGGUACUGCAUCAUGCGACGAAGUGAGCAUUCCGUCCCGUGAGCCUGGCUGUGUGUCCAGCAGCGCUUGCUCCUCGACAACCAGCACGUCCACCACUUCGACAAGCACCCCAAGCUCGAGCUCCACAUCGACUACAACGAGUGCUCCUAGCUCGAGCACUACGGCUUCCUCGUCCGAUGCUAUAAGGACGAGCGAACAGACUAGUGAUGCGGUCGCUUCGACUAAAUUCUACGUUGUUGGAAUGGCUCUCACCACUGGGCUGCUCAUGGCGAUCUCGUUGUAAAUAUGCGAACUCGAGCUGCUGUAACACACAGCAAAUUUGUUUGUUGUAGCAUCCAACACGACUGAAACUUGCAUUUACUGGUAGCUUCACUUUAAACAAUUCAAAAGUUUUCGGAUACGUUCCGUUUACCACUUCAACACUUGA